AACGCGCCACCCUCUGAGAUCAUGCAAAUUGAUUUUGAAAUAGAAGAUCUUAGUGAAUUGCCAGACACCCAGCUUAUUACGUGGCAAGUCGAGUAUCCAGGAGACAGAACAUCUGACCUUGGCAUCUCCAAGAUCUACGUAAGCCAGAAAGAUCUAGUUGGCGUUCUUCCAUUGGCGAUGGAAGCAGAGAUCUUGAACACUGCCAUUCUCACUGGGAAGACUGUUGCUGUCCCUGUCAAGGUGGUCUCAGUGGAGGAUGAUGGAACCGUCACUGACCUUCUAGAAUCUGUGGAGUGCAGGUCCUCUGAUGAAGAUGUGAUUAAGGUCUCCGACAGAUGCGACUACGUCUUUGUCAACGGGAAGGAAAUGAAAGGGAAAGCAAACGUCCGUGUCCAUUUCAUGUACCAGCAUCUGAGUGCCCCCCUGGAGAUGGCCGUGUGGGUGCCCCGCCUCCCUCUGCAGAUCGAGGUCUCUGACACAGAGUUAAAUCAGAUCAAGGGUUGGCGGAUCCCCAUCGUCUCAAAUAAGAGGCCAGCUAGGGACAGCGAUGACGAAGAGGAGGAUGAGCGGAAGGGAAGAGGCUGCACCCUCCAGUACCAGCACGCCAUGGUGCGGGUCCUCACACAGUUCGUAGCCGAACCCUCAGACCCUGGCGGACAGAUGGCCUACCUGCUGGGCUCAGACUGGCAAGUCGACAUCACUGAGCUGGUGAGCGAUUUCAUACAAGUGGAAGAGCCGAGGAUCGCAAAGCUGCAAGACGGGCAGGUGCUGGUUGGACAAGAGCUGGGGAUGACGACGAUUCAGAUUCUGUCUCCACUUUCUGACGCCAUCUUGGCUGAAAAGACUGUGACUGUCCUCGACGAGAAGGUGACUAUUACUGACCUGGGGGUCCAACUGGUGACCGGCCUUUCCCUCUCCUUACAACUGAGCCCAGGAAGCAACAAGGCUAUUUUUGCUACGGCGGUCGCACAGGAAAUCCUCCAGGUGCCAAAACAGGAAGCUGCUAUAAGUUGCUGGAUCCAGUUCAGUGAUGGGGCAGUCAUGCCCUUGGACCUAUAUGAUGUCAAGGACUUCUCUCUGGUGGCCACAUCCGUAGAUGAGAAGGUGGUCUCCAUUCUCCAGAGUCCCAAAUUCAAAUGGCCCCUCGUGGUUGCUGAGUCAGAAGGCCAGGGGCUGUUGGUGAAGGUGGAGAUGGUGAUCAGUGAAUCGUGCCAGAAAUCUAAACGGAAGAGCGUCAUGGCUGUCGGGACUGGGAACAUCAAGGUCAAGUUUGGUCAAAAUGAUGCCAACCCCAACACCAGUGACAGCAAGCAGGUUGGGGCCGGCGUGCACUUGGAAAACCACACCAGUGACAGGCGUCAGAAGACAACCCUGCAGGAGAGGUCUCGACAAGAUGGACCUUAUUACAGCUCGUCGAUGGGACAGGAAGAAACCAGGGGGGCCAGCACACAGAAGUCAAUUCUUAGUAAAAAGGAGGACCGCGAGAGCCUUCUAGAUGAUGACAGCCAUAUGCAAAACAUCCCAAUAGACUUCACCAGCUUGCCGGCACAGGUGGACUUGCCAAUGAGCAAUGGAGAUCUGGAAGAGAAUGACCUUGUGGAGACACCCAGGGGCCUAAGUGACUUGGAGAUUGGGAUGUAUGCUUUGUUAGGCGUCUUUUGCUUGGCCAUUCUAGUCUUCCUUAUCAACUGCAUCACCUUUGCCUUGAAGUAUAGGCACAAGCAGGCUCCCUUUGAAGAGCAAGAAGGCCUGAGCCACUCUCAUGACUGGGUAGGACUAAGCAAUAGGACAGAGCUGCUGGAGAACCACCUCAAUUUUUCCACCCAGCAAGAGGAGUGCAUCACGGCCAUUGACCAAGGCAUAGACUUGGAGGAGAGCAAGUACCUCCUGGAUGCCAACACCCAGAAGAACCUCAACGGCCAAGUCUUCCGGUCCUCGGACCCCACUGCCACCCCCGAAGGGAAGGAGCAGAAGAGCGAGCAGACCACUUCGCCAACCUCCAAGCGGAAGCGAGUCAAGUUCACCACUUUUACCACCAUCUCUUCAGAUGGCGGCUGCCCUACCGUCAACUCGAUCUUGACCAGCAGUGAGGAUGAUAUCAAGUGGGUUUGUCAGGACAUGGACCUGGGGGGAUGUAAAGAACUAAGGAACUAUAUGGAACGGCUACAUGAAAAUGCAUAACAGUACACUAGAAACCCUUUUGCUUUCUUGCUUUCUUUUUGUUUUCCACUCACCUUUCUGCCUUUAAUUUGGCGAACUGGGACAAAACAAAAAACCUACAACCAUUUGUGAACAAUUAAAAUGGUGGAUGAUUUGGUUUCAAUGGAACCCUGAGGAGCACUUUGAGUAAAGGUCCCAAGCAGCAAGUGUUAUCUGUGCUCAGUGGUUCUUAAAAAAAGAUGUUUGGGAAAUAUUCUGAUGGAAGGCAACUUACAUGGGAAAAUAAAUUUUUU